AACUGAGCUAAAGCCGAAGAGAGGAGUACAAGAGUCCAAGAGGAGAGACCGAUCCCGGUCCUCGAGUCCUUCAAAAACGACAACAACGACGGCUAAUUCGGAUCUCUGUCUUUUUUACCUUCAUUUUCUAACUUUUCAUUAAACUUUAUUACAGUGAAAGAUAUCUAAUCUUUCUAAUCCUUUCCUUCCUUUUGCUGUGAAUAAUUCAACGUAGGUGUUUACAUUGUGACGAGAACGAUCGAUCGGACUUCUGGCUUUCUUGCCUUCUGGCCCUACGUUAAAAAAGAAACGGAGAAAUAUAUAUUUAUAUAUGUAAAUGUAUAAGUAGUGUGUGUACAUACCUUAUUAGGUACGCGCGCAUUUUCAUGUGGAUGUGUGUGCAUGUGUCUGUGUCUGUGCGUACACCCGUCAUAUCAUAAGCGAUAAGAAAGUAUAAUCUUCCUUGUUUUUCAUAAUGGUGAAUAUCAGGAUCGACCAGUGUUUGCUACGAAAAGGACGAGGAAAGGUCUUUCCUCGAGCUACGAGAAACUUUCGACGAAACGAAGGAAGCUUCAUGAAUUGUUAAGAAGCAGAAAAAAUGACCAGUAUAAUUUUGUGACUUCCUUUUCAACGAUUCAACAAGAUUGUACGAGCAAAGCCGUUGGACCCUUCUUUGGUUUCUUUUCUUGUUCGUUCAAGCAUACGCAGAUAAAAAAUUAAAUUUUUGUGAAACACGAUGUUGUGUUAACGCGAAUCUAUCAUGAUCGUGAUCGAUUGGAGUCGGACAAGGAUCACGAAUCUCAGAGAUCAAGAAUCGCAUUCUUCGCCGUUUUUUCGAAGAACCUGUUAUCUUAAGGGCUCAUCUUGCUAAAUUAUCACGAAUACAAAAAAUUCACUGAAGAAACAAUAAAAGAAAAAAUGACUGGAGUAUGACAACGUAAGAGAGCAGGAGCGAAUAAAGUGGAUUGAGAAAAGAAUAAAGGCGAAAGGGAGAAAGGGUGGAAGGGAAGAAAAAGAUGGGCUCUUUGCCGAAUCUACAUGAGUUGUCGAAGGAGAAACUCGAAAGUCCCGUUUACAGAGCCGUGGCAAUCGGUGGACUUGGUCCGAUGAGAUUGCCCGCUCAAGCUCCACCGUUGGCACAUACCCAUCGUCGUGCGAGAAGCAGUGGAAAUCAUCACAAUACUACUUUGUGGGACAACAAUGACGCCAUGUUGGAGCACAUGGCAGCGUAUUCGCCGAUCUCUUGUCGCUCGGCCAGGACAUCAGCCGCGUUGUCUUGGAGACGGCGGGACUCGAUGAAUUCCUCGGCCGGAGCUUCAUCGGUCCGUCGAUUGAUAGCUGCCGUAAGAACAACUCCGUCCGGGCCGCGUCCGGCAAAGAAAGCGAUUCUAAGGCAUUGCGCAGCCCUCCUCCUCGGCCAUGCAACCUCCUCAGCCGCAAUCUUGCCGAUUAUUCCUCUCCAAGCUGGUCUCGGGACGUUCAGCCCUCACAUCGGACCGAUAUUACUGGCUUUGCUUUAUGUCACCGCUGCGAUUACCGCUUGUUUCGCGCCGAUUCUCCUUCAAAGACUUGGCACGAAUCUCGUGAUAAGCCUCAAUCAUUUUGUCACGACAAUCUUCGUCGGUGUGCACUUAUAUCCAAAGUGGUAUGUGCUCUUACCUAGUUACAUCAUCUUAGGUGCCUGCGUCAGUCCGAGUUUUUUGGCAAGGACCUCGCACGUCAACAUUUCGGCGAGUUGUUUAGCUUUGGUCUGUGUCGACCCCGAAGAUCCGGACGAAACUAGACGGGAUUGUCUCUUGAGAAGACUUAACAGAGGCGUCAAAUUGGCGGAAGACGUGGGUCUCGCAAUAGGUUGCCUGAUCGCGGCAAUUUUGGUAAAACUUACGGACUCGAUAUCACCAGAUGUAAUGGAAAGUGAGAUUGAAGACGUUUGCGGUGCAGAGUAUUGCCCCGAAGAGACCUAUUUCUAUAACGAAAGUCUCUACCUACCAACAAUAUCAGGUAACACGUCGAAGAUGUUGAUCAGCAUUUGGUUUGGCCUUGCCGUUCUAGGAAUGGGCAUUUCCUGUGCCUUCCUCGAUUCGAGGAUGAAGGAACCGCAGAAUAUAACUGACAGAGUUAGCACGCGUAACAUUUUCAAGUCCGUCAAGUGCGCCUUUCAAGAUCCGAAGCUGCAACUAGCGGCUCCAUUAACGCUCUUCAUCGGCCUCGAGCAAGGCUUCAUUUACGCCGACUUCACGGAAGCAUAUGUGGCUUGCGCCCUUGGCGGAGUUGGCACCGUCACUGUCAGUUUUCUGAGCUUGGCUUUGUUACAGGGUCUUGCCGGCGUAACGCUCUCCAUGUUAUUGAGGCACAUCAAAAGAUAUUUUGUCGUAGUCGUGGGUUUCGCUUUCCAUGCCUGUUUGUUGCUCGUUUUGGUCGUCUGGAGACCGGCUGGCGACGAUCCAGCACUUUUCCAUGUCAUAUCAGCUGCCUGGGGAGUUUGCAACUCCAUUUGGGAAACUUUAAUAUACACUUUAGUACUAGGUCUCUAUCCGAAUUCCUGGCAAGGUCCGUUGUCAACGUCGCUCUUUUGGAGAUGGUUAGGACUCUCAUUAGCGUUGGCUCUUCACGGUUUGGUUUGCACGCGAUUCCGUGUUCUUGGAUUAGCGUCCAUGUUGUUGCUGUCGGUCGUGCCUCAUGUGUGGCUCGAAAUUAGACUGGCGAAGCGAGGUAAAAGUCUAGCACCGUUGUGACCGGUCGAAUCGACUGCGAGCGACCGAGGAUCAACGAUCGAGGUCGAAGGAAGACAUAGAUCGGACUGAGGCAGAAUCGUUCCAUCCAGCUUAAGAACAGCCAGGAGAAGCAGCAGACGGAGGAGCAGCCCGGUGGCCGAGAAUGCGACUUUUACCACUAAAGGAAGAAGAUCUUCGAGGAGAAGGGCCAACAGCGUGGCGUUCGCCUGUCAAACGACUACAGUGACGACUAAUGAGGAUGCGCUUCCCCUUCCAAUACAAACCGAACAAGCACGAAGGAGCAGUAACGUCGAAGCUCCGACCAAUGAACCAAAAUGCACCAUUUUCUCGCUCUCGUGAGGAAUCGAGAGGUUUCGCACGAUCUCCUCGGUAUUCCUCCAAUUUCGUCGUCCUUACUCUUCUCGAAAAGAUAAUGUUUCGGAAACGAAUCCUCGUUCGAUUACCUCUUUCUUUUUUUUCUCUAGCGUUCUUACAUAUAGCACAUUCGACGAAUUCCUCUCUUUUUACUCUUCGUUUUUUUUCUUCUUAUCUACAAAGAAUGUAAAAGAUAGUACAUAGAAGAAUGCGAUUCUUCGCGGUCUAAUGAUAACGGAACAAUGUAAUGCCAUUGUUAUUUCUUGCUAAUACGAACGAAAGUGGAUUGCGAACAGUUAACGGUCGAACGAAUAAGUAAAAAUGAUACAGAUAAGAGAAAUAACCUCCUUUAUGAUCCUAAGAGCGAUGAAUUUCAAUAUCGAUGCAUCGAGACGAACGAGCACUCAAAUCCUCAAGGUUGACCUACGAGUGCAACGAAAAGCGCGCGUCGUCGGGUAAUACGCUGGAUGGAACAAAUGCGUAAUCAGGAUUCAAUUCCUAGUCGAAUAACAGUUUCCGUGCUUCUCAAUUUUUCAGCUAACGAAUUAAAGUAAGAUUCGUAAGAUCGCAAUUGACCGCGGGGGAAUAAAGUCAAGGAAAUAGCUAUAUCCACGCAUCUUUCUCGUGAAAAAGAAUAAGUAACUAGUGUGUACAAAUUAUCCGCGAACUUUCACGUAUCAUAAUGGACGAUGCCGAGACGCACGCCCUGUAUAACCGUUGAUCCGUACUUGAUAUCUUUCAAGACGAACCAACUUGUAAAAAAUAAACGGAAAAAUCGUAACGUUCCCUCUAGAGUCUACGAACUGGCUCCGUAUAAUCUGCAAGUUUCGUACGAGUCUCUCAUUGAUAAUAGAAAAGAACGAUAAAGCGGAAAAUGUGAUGGUAUUUAUUACGAGCUAUUACGAGCUUUAUAUUUUUUCGUCUUUCGUUUUUUCCUAAGAAAAAUGAUACGCCUCAAGAAAGAUCAUACCAUAUCAAGAAGAGAUAUAACUUAUUCGAUAGUCUCCGCGCAAUUCAUCUUCUAUUCAAAAACGACUAUUGAACGAGUCCUUCUCGCAAUUACGUUACGAUGACAAAGCUAAAACCUAGGCAAAAUGCUGAUUUUUCUGAUUUUCGUAUAUGUAGGUACUUCCUAACGUUUCGCCGGUAAUAAAUAUAUGCUGGACCGAAAAGUUAUUGAAGAAAAAGUAAAUAAAUAGAUUACGGAUCUAAUAUCUAGAUUACGAUCUAAGACUAAGAAAAUGUCUUAAGAAAUGUUCGGAAUAAAUAUCCAAUAAAACACAUUCAUGCAAUAGGUGCAUUCGCAGCUAAAGAAACGAGUAUAUGUUAAACGAGUAUAUCGUUAAACUCAUGAGGGAAGGUUUCCAUAAUGAAAAUAAAAAUUUUACUGUGACUCGCGCGAAAUUAUAGCUUUCAACGUGUUACACAAUUUUUAUUUAUAGUAGAAAUUCAUCUGAAAGGAUACUAUUAGCCCUGUAAAUCGAUUAAUUCUAAAAGCAACAGAAAUUAUUAUCGAUAAAGCGUUUGUCGAACUGUAAAUGAUAAAAAAAAACGAUAGGAUAGGAGCCUUCCCAUUUUUAUCGACCGUUCCAAUCGUCUAUGAUGAAACAUCAAAAGAAGCGAAAAAGGAUUAUCAAGAAAAAAUUAAAUAUAUGCGGAAUUUAUACCGCAAUACAUUUCCAGCGCAAACUUUCUUACGAAUCAACACUUUAACUUUAAGCUAAAUUGAAAAAGUGUAAAAAAAGAAAAAGAACGAGGAAAGUUAAGAUGAAAUCAGAAAGUAAAAUGCAGAAAAAAUGUGAAAGUUGUGUAGAAAGAAAUUCGGCACGCGUAUCGUGUCAUAUCGUUAGUUUAUAAUUAAUGUUACGAAUAAUGUAACACAUUUUUUAUGAAAAUCGUUAGCAUUUUAAUAAGGGUAUGCGUGCAGCGACGGACGUCAAUUGAAAAUCUACUUAUACCAUUGGAAUCGGACUGGUCAAAAAAUCGGCUGAAUAGCGCGUCACUUGUAUUAUAUAAAUUAAUCCGGUAUUUCUUAUUUUUUUAAAUUUUCAAAUCGAAUCAUGUACACCACACUCAUGUCAACUCGUAUCAUCUUAAGUAAAUUAUUAAAACGCGUUGGAAUUUUUUCAAACGCGUCGAAUUCGACGAAAAUUGGUAAAUUGAAGUUUGUUCUCUUUUUACUCCCAUCAAUUGAUUUUCAAACGACGACCAUAUAUCGCUAUGCAUCGUAUAUCGUAUAAUCUUCAUUCUUCGUUUACAAGAAUCGUAAUAUCAAAAUAAUGUGCGACGAAAAGAGAUGAAAAAAAGAAUAUACACGACAUUCAUUAUCUUAUAAUAAUCGCGAAAAAUAAAAUAUAAAAAGCACCAUGUGCCUGAUUAUAUUCCAAUAUACGUACAUAAAUACAUACAUUCUUACGGAUAAACUUUUCUCCGAUACGUUCGUCCAAAUAUAUUUCUCAUCGUGAUAAAACUUUUUAAAAUUCCAACCUAUCAUGCACUAAAGCGCAAGUACACAUAAAAAGCCGAUGUAAAUUCCUUGUAACCAUGAUCAUAGUUCGUUAGCAAACAAGAUUAAAACAAGAAUCUAUAAUUAUUUAACAAUUAAUAAAAAGAUUUAAGAAAAAAGAAAGUUUAAUACAUGUUGUAUAGCACGUAAUGUUUAGAAGAAUAUUAAAAAAGAUCGAAGUCACGAAAUCGAAUGUGUCGCGUGUCCAAUGUAAUCUCUCACGCAACAUGAUGACGAAGCAAAGUCUUUUUAUAAGAACUAUAGUAAAUUCAAAUUCAGGUAAAGUUGUGGUCCAAAUAAUGGACCGUAAAUAUAAAACCAAAAAGAAAAUAAACAAACAGGACGAAAGAUAGACAUCGUCUCUCUAUAUGACUCGUAACAUCUCUUUUCGUGCUUGUUUGCCGACAUUUUUAAUUAAAUUCAAAAUGUGUCGAAGGAACACAAGAUAUCGGAUCUCCAAAGCGAGGGAUUAUGAAACGGCAUUGGAAAGGCAUGUAUAAUUAUUGUAUUUCAUGAAAUAAUAAAUAUUAUUAUCUUAUUUUA